CCCUGCCCGUGUCCCUUUCUACGCGUCUCAAUAAAGUUUUGAGCGGACGGCGGUGGCGCGGGGGCCGCUGGGGGGAUCGGCGGCUCCUCCAAUCAGCGGGCGCGGCGCGGAGGCAGCCGGCUCCCGGAGCGAGUCCCGCAGCGGAAGGAGGCGGCAGGGGUUUCUGUGUGUGUCUUGUAUAGAACCGGCAUUACACAUGGACACUGAAGGGUUUGGAGAACUUCUCCAGCAAGCGGAACAGCUCGCAGCUGAGACAGAGGGCAUCUCUGAACUUCCUCAUGUAGAACGCAACCUCCAGGAGAUCCAGCAGGCCGGAGAGCGUCUGCGGUCUCGGACUUUGACCCGCACGUCGCAGGAGACUGCUGAUGUCAAGGCAUCUGUUCUUCUUGGGUCCAAAGGGCUUGACAUAUCCCAUAUCUCUCAGCGGCUGGAGAGUCUUAGUGCAGUCACUACAUUUGAGCCUCUUGAGCCUGUGAAGGACACUGACAUACAGGGAUUCCUGAAGAAUGAAAAAGAUAAUGCUUUGCUGUCAGCCAUUGAAGAGUCCAGGAAAAGAACCUUUGGUAUGGCUGAAGAGUACCACCGAGAAUCAAUGCUGGUCGAAUGGGAACAGGUGAAACAAAGGAUCCUUCAUACGCUACUUGCUUCAGGAGAAGAUGCUCUUGACUUUACCCAGGAAAAUGAGCCCAGUUGCAUCAGUGAGUUGGGUCCUCCAGGUCGCAGCUCUUUGGAUAGCGUGGAGAUGGCCUAUGCCCGACAAAUUUAUAUUUAUAAUGAGAAGAUAGUGAACGGACAUCUGCAGCCUAACCUGGUAGACUUUUGUGUUGCUGUUGCUGAACAGGAUGAUAAGAAUAUCUCGGAUAUGUGGGCCAUGGUUAAACUAAUGACAGAGGUAUUGCUGGUUCCUGCAAGUGAUGCGUUGAAAGUCCGGACCAACAUGGAGGUGCGCAUGGAGUUUGUAAGGCAGGCUCUGCGUUACCUAGAACAAAGUUACAAGAAUUAUACUUUGGUGACAGUCUUUGGAAACUUACACCAGGCUCAAUUGGGUGGAGUACCUGGGACCUACCAACUAGUCUGCAGUUUCCUUAAUAUCAAACUCCCAGCACCUGUCCCCGGUCUCCAGGAUGGGGAGGUGGAAGGCCAUCCUGUUUGGGCGUUGAUUUACUAUUGCAUGCGCUGUGGAGAUUUAAUCGCCGCUUUGCACGUGGUGAAUCGGGCACAGCACCAGCUGGGGGAGUUUAAAACCUGGUUCCAGGAGUAUAUGCACAGUAAAGAUAAAAGAUUGUCUCCUACCACUGAAAACAAGCUUCGCCUCCAUUACCGACGAGCUCUGAGGAACAAUACAGACCCGUACAAAAGAGCUGUUUAUUGUAUCAUAGGCCGGUGUGACAUUGCUGAUAACCAGAGUGAAGUUGCUGACAAAACAGAAGAUUAUCUUUGGCUAAAGCUGAACCAGGUGUGUUUUGAUGAUGAUGGUACCAGCUCCCCUCAGGACAGGUUAACGUUAUCGCAAUUCCAGAAACAACUGCUUGAAGACUAUGGCGAAUCACAUUUUGCAGUGAAUCAGCAGCCUCUUCUCUACUUCCAAGUAUUGUUCUUGACAGCACAGUUUGAAGCUGCAAUUGCUUUUCUCUUCCGGAUGGAGCGCUUGCGUUGUCAUGCUGUUCACAUUGCUUUGGUCCUCUUUGAGUUAAAGCUGCUCCUGAAAUCUUCUGGGCAGAGCGCACAGCUGUUAAGUCAUGAAGCCGGCGACCCUCCCGGCAUGAGACGCCUUAAUUUCGUUCGCCUUUUGAUGCUCUACACCCGUAAAUUUGAGUCAACGGACCCAAGGGAAGCACUGCAGUAUUUUUACUUUCUCAGGAAUGAGAAGGAUAGCCAAGGAGAGAACAUGUUCUUGCGUUGUGUUAGUGAGCUAGUAAUCGAGAGCAGAGAGUUCGAUAUGAUUCUGGGGAAGCUGGAGAAUGAUGGCAGUAGGAAGCCAGGAGUGAUAGACAAGUUUACUAGUGACACAAAACCUAUUAUUAACAAAGUUGCUUCAGCGUCAGAAAAUAAAGGAUUAUUUGAAGAAGCUGCAAAACUUUACGACCUUGCAAAGAAUCCAGAUAAGGUAUUAGAACUGAUGAAUAAAUUACUCAGUCCCGUGGUUCCACAGAUCAGCACCCCCCAGUCUAACAAAGAGAGGCUGAAGAAUAUGGCACAUUCCAUUGCAGAGAGGUAUAAAGCUCAAGGGAUAAGUACAAAGAAAUCCAUUGACUCCACAUUCUACCUUCUGUUAGACUUGAUCACAUUUUUUGAUGAAUAUCAUGCCGGUCACAUUGACAGGGCCUUUGAUAUUAUUGAACAUCUAAAGCUUGUGCCCCUGAGCCAAGACUGUGUGGAAGAGAGGGUGGCUGCCUUCAGAAAUUUCAGCGAUGAAAUCAGACACAAUUUAUCUGAGGUCCUUCUUGCGACCAUGAAUAUUUUGUUCACGCAAUACAAGAGGAUGAAAGGUACAAGCCCUGCCACUCCUGCGAGACCCCAGCGUGUAAUGGAGGAUAGAGAUUCGCAACUCCGGUCCCAAGCUCGUGCACUGAUAACGUUUGCUGGAAUGAUCCCCUACAGAACGUCAGGAGACACGAAUGCAAGACUGGUGCAGAUGGAGGUCCUUAUGAAUUAGCACAGAUGCUUUCAGUUAGAACUGUAGCAUCAUCCCCUUCCUGUCAUUAGUUCUUUAAAAGGAUGGGCCCAAUAUCAUUUUGUAUCCUGUAUUUUUGUCGAUGAAAAUAAAUUUCUUUGGUUUA